AGCACGAUGGAUGUGCAAAGCUCCACCAGCGCAUCCCAGCCAACCAUCUCGACUUUAUCAAGAACUGCAUUCACGGCAGUCUGCCGUCAACUUGAGGAAUUUAUCCGGAGCGAAAAGACUUCUGCUUCAUUCGCCUGCGGGGGCACCAUCCCAGUUAAAAAGACUGUCGGCGAUGCUGAAGAUGCUGGAACGGUCAAAUCAUCCGGGCCUAUCAACGUCUUCUGGAAACUGAAAUCGGAAGCUCAGAAGCUCACCCUCCCUCUUGGCAGCUCUGUUGACGCCGAGGAUGGUUCCGACACUAGACUUCGUCAACUGGUCGCCGACUGUGAGCCAGCUGGAUUUGGCAGAGGUCAGGAGACUGUUAUGGAUUCAAAGUAUCGCAAAGCCAGAAAGCUUGAAACUUCUCGAUUUGCGACCAGCUUUCACCCGGCCGACUUUGGCAUCAUCGAGCGCGUUGAACAGGUCUUGCUUCCUACCCUAGAUAAGCUCGACGAGGGUAUCCUGCAAAUUCGUCGGAUGCAUAUCGAGCUCUACAAGCUGAAUGUCUACUCGGGUCCUUCCGGUCUCUUCAAGAGCCAUGUUGAUACUCCACGCUCGAAGAACCAGAUCGGAUCUCUCGUCGUGUGCCUGCCAUCCCCAUUCAAGGGCGGAAACUUGAUCGUACGACAUGAAGGUCGAGAAGUCGACUUUGACUGGGAACACCAAAGUGCAGAUACAAUCCAGUGGGCUGCCUUCUACAGCGACUGUGACCAUGAGAUCAAGACCAUCACCGAUGGUGACCGGAUCACUUUGACCUACAAUCUGUACGCUGUCACCGAGCUACUCGAUAGGGCAAACCAGAUCAGUGCAAUCAUCGACCCGAAAUCGUUCCCUUUAUACGGGUUCUUGAAGGAUCUUUUGAUGAUGCCAGGAUUCAUGAAAACAGGCGGAGUCCUCGGGGCAUUUUGCUCUCAUGCAUAUCCUCAUGCAUCGGAAGAUGCAUCCGCCUUGCUUCCCCGUGGUCUCAAGGGUGCAGACUUGGUGCUGUAUUCUGUGUUGCACUCCUUGGGGAUCGAAGUCGACGUGUUGCCCGUCAUGAUUGGCCAUGGCUAUCUUGAUAUCGAGGACGAUUGGUGGGAUUCCGACGAGUACACUGAGACCGAUCCCUACCCUGAUCCUUACCCUAACCCCUCCGGCCACUCCGACAAUGAUAACGGGAAUCGCUAUGACGACGACGCCAGAGUUGACUACAGCAGCUUCAGCAAAGAUGACCAGAAAGUCCGGAAAGUCCAGAAAGUGAAGGUCAAUAGCCCCUAUGCGUAUGUUGAUCCAGGUAAAAAGGUGCACGUAGGGAAAAGUCUCAACCCCUAUGUGGCCGCGGAUACUUAUGAAGACCAACCAUUUGCCAAGAUCUUGAAAGAGCAUUGGUCAACGCGAGAGUACGAGAAGCCCAUUACUUGGGUUACAACCCCACUGCUCGAGAACAUCAAGCAUGCGAUGGCUUAUCUGGCUUACGGGAACGAAGCUUCCCAGGCCAGAACCUACUCGUAUGCUGCAAUUCUUGCGGUCAUUCCUGCGUGGAAUGAGCGUCAGCAAUUGCUCGAAAGGGUCCAGAAUGAAUGA